UCUACAUUGAAAUGAUGAAAUUAUAAUCUAGUACUGUCAUUUCGGAGAGAAAGAGAGACAGAGAGAUGGAAAGCUCACAGAAUUCUACGGAAACCGUAGGGCGUGUUCUUCCCGUCACCAAUACCAACAACAGAGGCUACAAUCCGAUCGCGUCUCAGCGGCAGCAACAAUGGCCGACCAUUGACGGACCUCUGGGACUUUCGGUGGAUGAUUCCGUCAGCUAUGCACGAAGGUUCUUCAAGUUCGGAUUCCUUCUCCUUCCAUUCCUCUGGGGUGUUAAUUGCUUCUACUUCUGGCCUGUCCUCCGGAACUCCAGUUCAUUUCCCCAAAUUCGCCGUUAUGUUGUGGGAUCGGCAAUUGGUUUUUUCGUAUUCACGACUCUCCUCUCGAGCUGGGCUCUGACCUUUUCCAUCGGAGGUCCGAAACUUUUUGGAAGUGUCUGGGAUGAAAUAGUGAUGUAUAAUGUUGCUGAAAAAUAUGGCUUAACAGGAUGGAUGUAGUUCACACAUCAUUGCUGUCAAUUUCUGUAAAGCAAUCUAGUAGACUAUAGUCACUGAUGAACAAGAUGCAUGGUUCUGUUUGUUUAAUUCUUAGAAACAUGUUUGUUUUUAUUUUAUAAUAUGUUCAUCCUCGGGUGU